CCCGGAAGCGCAACCAACCCAGCGGCGGCCUGUGAGGGCGCCUCGUCGCGGGGUCCCUCUGCUCCUCCUCCUGGCCCUUCUCUCGCUCUCUCUCCGCGCCGAGACCGAUGCAUCCGCGGCGCCCCGAGGGCUUCGACGGCCUGGGCUACCGGGGCGGCCGGGAGGAGCCGGGGCCCUUCGGGGCCAGGCCGGAGCUGGGCCACUGGGUCAGCACCCCGCCGGACAUCCCCGGCAGCCGCAACCUCCACUGGGGCGAGAAGAGCCCGCAGCUCCUGGCCGCGGCGGCGGCGGCAGGGACCCCGCUGACCGGCCCUGGGCUGGGAGAGGAGCCCUAUGGCGGCGGCGCGGGAGGCGGCAGCGGGGCAGGGAGCGAACAGUUGAAUCGGUUUGCAGGCUUUGGGAUUGGCCUGGCAAGUUUGUUUACAGAGAAUGUUCUGGCUCAUCCUUGCAUCGUUCUGCGUCGACAGUGUCAGGUUAAUUAUCAUGCCAAGAAUUACCACCUCACACCAUUUACAAUCAUCAAUAUUAUGUAUAGCAUCAAUAAGACCCAGGGGCCCCGAGCUCUUUGGAAAGGAAUGGGAAGCACUUUCAUUGUUCAGGGUAUAACUCUUGGAGCCGAAGGUAUCAUCAGUGAAUUCACCCCCUUGCCAAGAGAGCUUUCAUAUAAAUGGAGUCCCAGGCAAAUUGGAGGACAUCUUAUUCUGAAAGGGUUGACUUAUGUGAUUGCAAUGCCUUUUUAUUCAGCAAGUCUGAUUGAAACUGUGCAAAGUGAAAUAAUUCGGGAUAAUACUGGAAUUUUGGAUUGCCUGAAAGAGGGCAUAGGCAGAGCAAUGGGCUUUGGAGUGCCCCAUAGCAAGCGUCUCCUCCCUCUUCUGGCAUUGACCUUUCCAACAGUUCUGCAUGGUGUUCUUCAUUAUAUAAUCAGUUCUGCAGUACAGAAGUUGGUCCUCCUCCUCCUUAAGAAAGAGAAUUCCUCCAGCCUGGCAACAGACAACUCAAGUUCUGUACAAAGCAUGUUGGAUGCUUAUUUUCCAGAACUUAUUGCUAGCUUUGCAGCCAGCCUUUGUGCUGAUGUCAUUCUCUACCCACUGGAGACAGUUUUGCACCGCCUUCAUAUUCAAGGGACACGCACCAUAAUUGACAAUACGGACCUUGGGUAUGAAGUUCUUCCAAUCAAUACUCAGUACGAAGGAAUGAGAGACUGUAUCAAUACCAUAAAGCGUGAAGAAGGGGUAUUGGGGUUUUACAAAGGGUUUGGGGCUGUAGUUGUACAGUAUACAUUACAUGUAGCUGUGCUGCAGUUCACUAAAAUUCUUUACUCCACACUGCUUCAAAAUGUUUCUUAAAAACUUAAUGGAUUUGGCCUCCUAAAAGGCCACACUUUCAGAAGGUAGAUAAGCAAGUGAAAUCUGAGAGUUUAGAAUCCACAUGGGUGGUUUUUCUUCUUGCUGCUUAGAAUGUUCCUUUGUAAAUAGAGAUGUGUGUUCCCUUAUGUAAUUUACACAAUACUUGAUCAAGGGGGAAAUAAAAACAUGAAAGCUGAGACAGGGCUUUUAAAAUAUAAGAAUGUAAAUAAGCUAUUUGAAAAUAUUUUAUAAAUCAGUACUACUGUGUUUAAGGUAUAUGGUUUUCAAGCUGCUGUUGAUAGAUCUUAAGACACAAUCCUAAUGGCAUUUUCUACUACAUAAACUCUGUCUGAAACAAGUGGUUGACGUGGUCUUGUCUAUAACAUCUCUCAGAGACUUACUUGCACUUAAAGAUUGUGCCUUAGGUUCUGUCUGUAGCUUGAAAUGGGAAUUAUUUUGAUGUAUUGGAAUGCCCUCAGAAACCAAUGAAAUUUGACAGUUCAGUUCAAAGAGUUUUCCAUAUGAUUGCUGUAACAUGGAUUUAAAAUCCUGAUAUUUUUAAAAGAUCAUUGCUGUGGUUAAGAAUUUGAAAGGAAAAGACAUAAGGCAGUGAUACUGGAUUAAUUUAUGUAUUUCAUGAAAAUUCCCUCAUAUCUUUCUGACAAAGAUAUAUGAUACACAAAUAAGCGUAAAGAAAAACAGUGAAAUUGAAUUUGUUCUACUUAAAUUACCUAAAAGAAUCUUGCCUACAAAUGUCCUCCAAUUCAAUAAAUCUAGAAAGCCAGCAAAUAUAAGACUUCAGAAUGAAAAUACAUAUUCAUUUGACAACCACUACAAGACAGUCACCAAAAGAAUACUUGAAAGUCAAUGUCUACUGAACUAGAAUGGCUUUUAUUAAGCAACUACCUUCAAAGCAGUUGUGUUGUAUAUCCCUCACAAUUCCUUACAGCUUUGUGUGCACAAGUACAUCAAUCAUGGCCCUGAAUUAGCUUGUUUUCAAAUCUAACUCAAAAUAUAGACACUCUGCUUGACUUUAAUGUUUCUGAUUAUUCAUGCUGUGUUUCUCACAUAAAUAUGGCUUAAUCUGUGGCCUCUAUAUUUCUAGCACAGCAGUCUGAAUUGUCCUGACUUUAGCCAUUUAAAUUCUUGUUGAACUGUUCUUUUAAAAUAGGUGAUCAUAGAGCAGAGCUCUGUUACUAUCACUAUAAUAUGUAACACACAAUUUGCUUUAUUUCUUUCCCCAGAUGUCAAGCUUUGGCUUUGUAAAACCUAAUUCCAAUAAUUAAAUGUUUAUUUUUGCUUCUGUGUGGAGGCUUGGUCUAAUGGAGGUGUCUAGAAAAAUUAUUUUUAGCAAUGGAAUAGCAUGUUAAAGAAAAACCUUUGAAAAGUUCUUGUUUCUCUCAUGCAUUAAUGUGUGUUGUAAGAAACUUGGUAUGUCUGUGUGAGUCUAGUAAAUUAAUGUUCAAAUUCAGGCUUUGUGUAUAAAAGUAUUUAUUUAAUAGACUGCAGCUGUUAGAAACACAGUGAACAAUUCUGACGCACAAGAAAUGAUCUAUAAAAGAACAGUGCAGUUGUUUGGCUUGCCAUUACCUAAUGUCCAUCAGUGUGCGAAGCUAUUCGAUUUUAUAACUGAGGAUAACAAGAGGAUUUCAGUUGUGAAAUCUGGACAGCUUUGAAGAAUGAUGCAUAAAUUACUUAAGAAAUUCAGGACAGAUUUCAGCUUUUUAAUGUAUUUGUAGAUGUAACAUUUUCAUACUGCUCUAGAAUGCUCUUGAAUACGAUAAUACUUUUAAAUGAGCGGUACAGUCUGUCACUUUAAAUAAAACUGUUCAGACAUUGUUCUGUCGUGAACCCCUGGGUCUCUACGACAUAAGGAAUUUGAUUCACUGAACCUAUAAAGGGGAAUUAAAUAAAAACUGGUGCAGGUGCCAUUUUGACAAAUCA